AUGGCACAGACUGGGCCCGAGGCCGCGUGCCCCUCUCAAAGCGGCCACAAGAUUCAGCCAAGCGAUACCACCUGGGAUUCCUAUGCCACCACCAUGAGGACUGCAUACACACCCAAGACUGGAGCCAUGCCUCCUUUAAUUCGCCAAAAAAGUAUCAGAAGACUAGGAUAUACAUAUUCACUAAGCGACCCUAUUCCCAAUCAGACACAGUACAAUGAUGAGUAUGUCUGGAAAACAUAUUCUAAAGAAGACUGGAUCAAAAACGGGACUUCAGGAGGAAUCAGCAGACACAAAUCUCACCCCAGUCAAGACUUCUUUCUCUGGACACUACCUCAAGGUCAACCAGCAGCAUCAAUAAAGAGUUACCUCCCUUGGAAAAUCGCUACAGAGGAAGAGGUUAGGAAGGCAAUAUCAAAUCAGUUUAUUUCCAAUACUAAAAGAGACUUUGUGGACAGAGCAAAAGCUCAGAAGAUUAAGGAAAGUUCUCCCAUGUCUCUGGAAUGGAAAAAGUUACUUCCCCGACCUGCAGACACUGAAUUUCGACGGAAUUACCAAGUUCCAGCUAAAAUUCCUGAGUUGCAGGAUUCUAGUUUCAAAUAUGGAUGCUACUCAAGCCUACCAGUUGCUUCUCAGGGUCUAGCCCCUGCUGUGCUAUACAGCCACAUGAGGAAUCAAGAAUGCAAAAAGAAGCAGACUACAUACCAAAGCGAUUAUGGAAAAGCCUAUCUGGAUUUCUUAACGAUUUUAAACUCGUUUACUUCCUCUCAAGUCCUACAAAGCAUCCUGGAUGCAGCAGCGAUCCUGGGCAAACCAAUAAUGCUUAGAGCUCAGACUUGCCCCACUGCACCUCGGCCUUCAUGCGAGCAGGGGCUGCCGAGGGCCGACCCCCCAGCCUGGCUGCUUCGGGCCUGCCUGACGAGGGAGAGGAUGCGCAGCCACUCCAUCGAAAUGGAGGUUCUGGCUCAGGGGAGGACGCCAAGCCACCCCGCGGACCUGGCUCAGAGCCCGAGGGCGGAGAAGAAUAUUGAACAAACAGAACAACUUUUCAUGAAAAUAGACUAUGAAUCAGUGGGCAGAAUUCAAUGGGAUGGCUUCUGCAUGCAUCUACAGCUAGAGUAUUCAGAGCAAGCGGAUGCUUUAGCCCGACAGAAAGAGGUUUCCUUCCAGCUGCCUGCUGUGCUGCAGGGGCUGUCAUAUGGGGGUCCAGUGCUGCGCGUUCUCUCUAUGCCUGAUGACACCUUAAUCAUGAUCAGAGAAGAUGGAGACAAGUCCAUGAGUCAGAAGCCCAGGUGGGUGACGGAUGUCAUCAGCAUGCCACAGUACAACAAACUGAUCAUAGGGACUGGAAACCGUGAAAUCCAGCUGUAUGAACUCUCCAACCGGGAGCCUUACUGUCAGAUUGGUGGCCUGGAAGCUGUUGCUCUGAAACUGGACUACUGGUAA